UAUAAUAAUCCAUAUAAGAAUCGCAUCAGCUUCUACUUUGAUCAGUUUCUAAAUUUAUAAAUUGAUAGUGACAACUGUAAACCUAAGUUAGUCACGUGAUAAGGCCACCCGUCUUAUAUACUUUGAUGCAGUUUUAACUAUAAUGAUAUUAUAACCUAAUUAAUCUUUAGAAGUAGUUAUUGUUACAAGAUAUUUAAUAUUGUUUUCCUAAAAUUGUUUAGUAUCUACCUAGUUGAUAAUAAUGGCAGUUGUAAAUUCUGUAUCCAAUGUAGAAAAUCUUACACCACAAAUUACCCGCCAGGUAGUUAGAGAAAUUAAUGAAUUACGUAUACAUCCACCUGAAGGAAUACAAAUUGUAUUAAAUGAAGAAAAUAUUACAGAUGUACAGGCUAUAAUUGAUGGACCAGCAGGGACGCCAUACUUUAGUGGUUCUUUCAGAAUAAAAUUAACUCUUGGUAAAGAUUAUCCACAAGGUCCACCAAAAGCAUUUUUUUUAACAAAAAUUUUUCAUCCAAAUGUGGCGAAAAAUGGAGAGAUAUGUGUUAAUACACUUAAAAAGGACUGGAGAUCAGAUCUUGGAAUAAAGCAUAUACUUUUGACAGUAAAAUGUCUUCUGAUAAUGCCGAAUGCAGAAUCAGCUUUAAAUGAAGAAGCCGGAAAAUUACUAUUGGAGCGAUAUGAUGAUUAUUCUGAACGAGCUAAAAUGAUGACUGAAAUACAUGCACAGGAUGACCUUACAAAAGAUCAAAUUGCACUAUUGAAAAAAGCUUUCAAUGCAUUUGAUCAUGAAAAGAAAGGAUGUAUCGGAACAGAUAUGGUUGGAACGAUUUUAAGUAUGUUAGGAUAUGAUUUAACCGAGUCUACAUUACAAGAGAUUAUUGCGGAAGUGGACGAAGAUGGAUCAGGACAACUGGAGUUUGAAGAGUUCUGUACAUUAUCUGCAAGAUUUCUAGUAGAAGAAGAUACUGAAGCGAUGCAACAAGAAUUAAGAGAAGCCUUUCGAUUAUAUGAUAAAGAGGGAAAUGGAUAUAUUACAACAGAAGUGUUUCGAGAUAUUCUACAUGAACUUGAUGAUAAAUUAUCGCCUGAAGAAUUAGAUUUGAUGAUAGAAGAAAUCGAUGCCGAUGGGUCAGGAACGUUAGAUUUUGAUGAAUUCAUGGAAGUUAUGACUGGAGGAGAUGAGUAAUGGUAUUAUUCGAAUGCAUUAUAAUUAGAACACUAAAUACAUAUAGUUAGUAAAAUGAUUGAACUAAUAUUUAAAAAGC